AUGGCAGUGUCUAAUGCGAUGUUUUCGCAAAUUGCGGUUUUGAAAAAUGUUGUCACGUCGGGAAACGUAGCAUCAAAGUUAUUUAUGAGGAUUUCUGACAUAACGAAAAAUAUUUGCCUAUAUUCCACCACGAAUACAAGUACAAGCGUUGAUAAUGUUUCAAUAACAGCUCCACAGAAGAAAAUGAGUAAAGCUAUGUUGGCCUACUUAGAAAGAGCCAAAGCUUAUGAUACUUUCAUCAAGAAAGAAACAGAAGAUUACCAAAUAGGAAAAAGACAUUUAGCAAACAUGAUGGGAGAAGAUCCGGAUAAUUUUACAGAUCAAGAUGUUCAAAGUGCCAUACAAUACCUAUUUCCAUCGGGGAUACACGACAAAAUGGCCAGACCAGUAAUGAAACCACCAGAAGAAAUUUUCCCUCGCAGAAAAGCUGCUGAGUUUGAUGAAACAGGAAGACCAUACCAUUCUAUGUUUUACACAACUAGACCAAAUUUUUUCAAAGAUAUUGUUGAAGAGUUAGAAAAUUUGGACAAUUUUGAAGACAGUAUGAUAAGGAAAGGUGUGGCUCCUAAACCAGAAAAUAUGAUGGAUUUAUCAACAUCAGAUUGGUUAACUCAUCAAGAAUUAGAAAAAGUUCUUUUGGAGAAACUCUAUGAUUAUGAUUACGAAUAUUUCAUUGCAUCAAUACAGAGGUUAGCUGAUCAUCCAUAUUCUGAAAAAGCUAAAGGAACGCUUUCAAGAUUCAGACAAGAAAGAAGAGUGGUUGCAGAGUCGUUAUCUGUUGCAGAGUUUGAGUACGAUGCAGAUGGCCGGCCUUUCAUAGUGGUGAAAGAUUGUAUGAGAAAAAGUGCAAGAGCCGAAGUUACCGUCAAAGGAGCAGGUUCAGGUAUUAUUACAAUCAACGGUCGGACUUUGAUACAAUACUUCGCGGACGAUCAGGAGCGGGAACAGGUAACCACGACAUAUUUGUACCAAAACUAG